AUGUUCGACUUCAGCAACAACUCUCACCGUCGCUACAAUCCUCUUACCAAGUCUUGGGUCCUUUGCUCUCCUCACCGUACCCAGAGACCCUGGCAAGGACAACAAGAAUCACCCAACGUUGAGCAAAGACCUCAAUAUGACCCCAAGUGUUAUCUUUGCCCAGGCAAUGUUCGUGCCAACGGUGAACACAAUCCCAAAUAUGACUCUACUUUCCGCUUCCCCAACGACUAUGCUGCUGUCAAGGCCGAUCAACCUGAACUUGAGGUCAACGAUGACGACCUGCUCAAGGUCGAAGGUGUUCGCGGUGAAUGCCAUGUCAUUUGCUUCUCUCCUCGUCACGAUCUUACUUUAGCCGAGAUGACUGUUGAAGAAAUUGAAAAGGUCGUUGAUAUUUGGACAGAGAGCUAUACCGAAAUGAAGAAGAAGGAUUAUAUCAACCAUGUUCAAAUUUUUGAAAAUAAGGGUUCAGCUAUGGGUUGUUCCAACCCUCAUCCUCACGGUCAAAUGUGGUGUACCGAACGUAUUCCCGAGGAACCUAGUAAAGAAUUGAUUGCCUUGGAAGAGUAUAGCAAGAAGCAUAGUGGUAAGUGUCUGUUGUGUGACUACGCACAACGUGAAAUGGCUGAUCCUGAGCGUAAGCGUACCGUGUUUGAAAAUGAUACCUUUUUGGUGGUGGUUCCUUUUUGGGCUGUUUGGCCUUUUGAAAUAAUGGUGUUACCAAAGACUCACAUUGGUUCUUUGCCUGAAAUGAGCAGCAAGCAAAAGACUGAUUUGGCCGACGCUGUUCGUCGUGUUACUUGCCGCUAUGAUAAUUUGUUCCAAACCAGUUUUCCCUACUCUAUGGGUAUUCAUCAAAAACCAUUCAAUGGUGAAUAUGAUUACGCCCAUCUUCAUCUCCACUACUAUCCUCCUCUCCUAAGAAGUGCCACUGUUCGUAAGUUUCUUGUUGGUUUUGAAAUGUUAGGUGAGCCUCAACGUGAUUUGACACCAGAACAAGCUGCUGCUCGUCUGAGAGACCUUUCCGAAGUCCACUACAAGACUCAGAUCGAAAACAACUAG